CGUGAACAUCCUGUAUUAUCGUCGCGGUGUGGUUUUCAGAAAUGAAUUUUUGAAAUUUUGGACGAGAUUAGUUUCGCGAGGCCGUCAUCACGAUGACAAUGCGGGAGAUGCAGCGACCGCAUUUGUUGGUCGAGGAGGAAAAACACAUUUCGAGUAACGACCACUAUGAAAACUGCAACCUCGUUCUGGCCCAAAAAUUCCUGUUCCUCUUUGACGUGCUCACUGCGCUGGCAGCUAUACGGCUCAUAUUUGUGGGUUAUGCCGCGUUGGAAAACUAUUACAUAUUCGACGUUUUCUUGGGGAUCAAGAUGGCCAUUCUCCCCGUGAUCUACAUGUUCGAUGGAUUUUGCGCUUUUCUUCUCACUUUUCUGGGAUGCGUCGGGUCUUACACCCAAGAUCCGCGCACGCUAGUUUCGUAUUCACUAGGGAUUCUUGCCUGCAUUCUGCUGCAAAUCAUCGGAGGGUUCUAUUCGCUAUACCAUCGGUUCUUCUUCAAAAAUACUAUGCGGGCGGCCCUGAAGGCAUCUUUGCUCGAGUACAACAGCACCAUUCAGAACCAACUUUACACCGUGUGGCACGAUAUGCAAAGAAAGUUCGAGUGUUGCGGAGUGGACAGCCCUCGAGAUUGGAUGCCGUACUUCAGCCUGUCGUACGUCCCGGUGCCGCUCUCGUGCUGCGCCCACUACGAGGAAAAACUCCGCCGAGGUGAGAAAUGCUACGCCCGCCUCAACGAGAGCAGCUACCAACUCGGCUGCUACACCCAACUCCAGACCGUCGUCGCCGAUCACUUCAACUGGAUGCUCCUGUCAGGGGUAGCACCCACGCUUACUGAGAUGACCGGACUGAUGCUAACUCUCAUCGUGGCUAAGGCAAUCAAAACGGAUAUGAUGUUGAAGAAAACAAGACCAUGGGCCCGCUAACCGCGCUCAUUUCGGAAGCUUGAACCCCUCGCACUUUUUUGUUGUAGGCCUUCCUGUGCAUUUAAUUUAUUCAAACGUUGCUCAAAAUAAAAAUGGUUCUUAAAUGGUUAAAGUUUGUUCCGCCACUAGUUACAUUUUAAUUACAAGGGAUUAUCCUUGUAUUGCUGUUGUAUAUCUUGAGUUUUAAAGGCCCAACAUGGGAAGUUUCAUUGAUUGACACAUUUCUCAACAAUUUCACUGAUUAUUGAGUGUAAUAAAAUGGCACUUAUUAUCAUA